CAGCGCUGACCGGCGGGCACCGGGCGGGUUCUAGGACCUGCUGGGCCCGCGGCCCGCCCGAGGCCGCUCACCGCUCGCCCCGCCCGCGAUGCUCGCGCCUGGUCCACUCCGUCCGCUCGGCAUCCGCGGGAAAACCGAAGGCAGCUCAAACCGCGCUGGCGCCCGCUGCCUGAAGCCCUUGCGACUUCCCGCGGACGUGUCCUACCUGGUUCGACUUCCACAGGCUCCGCAGCUUCGGCGGCGGUGCCUAGCACCGGCAGAGCCCGGGACACUCGGAGUGGGGCCGGCGCUAGGACCCAACGGGAGGGAGGCUAGGGGCGGGGCCGGCGGCCCGACAGCGGAAGUGGAAGGGCGCCUUCCUUGCUCAGGAGGAAGGAAAAACUUACGGAAGCAACCCCGAGCCUACAGUAGCAGAGAAGUAUCUUGCGAAGGGUCUCUGGGUGCUAAGGGGAUGGGACGCCGGGUCGAUUGACGGUGUACACCCGCCAAGGCGCCGGAAGUGUCUCCAAGAGCUAGGAGGUGGGAAGAUACGGACAGGGCACUCAGGUUUUGUAGUGCCCGAGUCCGUUUAUAGUCCACGUUUUCUCUUUCACAGCGAGGAGUGAACUUAGUGAGGACCCCCCCCCCCCACGCCUGCCUUGGGAAGAGUCUUUUAUGGAGCCUCGUGAAAAGUGUCACCAAAGUACUGUAGCCAGUGCUUUAUUUACUACUGUGCUUCCCGAAUAAGCCCCGGAACGCUUUUAGCGGCUUUGGACGGAAGAGUGGCUUGUCAGUCCAUCAGGCCGUCGCGUUGACCUGCGUGGGCGGAGCCGGGGUUGCGCCCACAGUCCAGCGUGAUAGCUCGCGCGGCCUGCAGUCCCAGCGUUCCGGAGGUUGAGGCAGGAGGAUUGCUGCGAGCUCGAGGCCAGCCUGGGCUGCAUAGUUAGACCCAGUCUCAGAAACAACAAAAACCAAACAUAGAGUUGGGCCCACCCGGAACCUAGCGCCGGAAGCGUGUCCGUGUAGAAAUACUGCUCGGAGGAGAGACAGGAAGUGUUCCUGGGCGGAAGUUUCGGGGGGAAGCUUUAGCACCUAGGACACUUCCUGAUUCCUACUAACAAUAGGAAGUGUCCGCGGAACUGGGGUAGACUCUUGGCUCGUCCCAGCUGUGCUCUCUUACCUCUAUCUCCUUCUUUCCCCCUCUUUCCCCCUCUUCUACCAUUCUCGGGGACCCUGGCUGAGUGUGCGUGUGUAUGAGCUCGAGAACCCUCGCACCAGCAACCACUUAGGGCUCGCGGCUGCAGUUAGGGUAAGGGUCCCAGUGCGCAGGCGCGCUCCCGUUCACGACCUCCAACGGACGCGCCGGCGGCGGGAACCAGAAGGCACUCCUGGUGCGAGGUAGGGAUCUAGAGAGGACAUUGGCAGAACAGAGGAGUGACUGUAGAGAAUCAUGGUGGUGGUUGAUUAGGGAAAGGGACUCUUAAGAAGUUUUGAGAAAAGAGAAUUCCGGGAACAGACUCAGCUGGUGAGGUUAGAAAUAGUUAGGGUCCCAGGAAACAGGAGUGAGCUUCGGAGCAAGGCAAGGUGCUGUGGCGGAAAUGAGUGGCAGCUACUGGGGAAGCGAGGGCUUUGGAAUGAAGAUCGCCUCUUGCAGUGAGUUGAUGUGAAAACCGAGGCGACACAGGCGUUAGAUUUAGUGGCGUAAAUACACUCACAGGGCAAGCGUGGUGGCCCACUAAGGCCAGCACUUGGGAAGAUCGAGCUAUAGAGUGAGAAUGUGCCUCAAAUGCCUCCCUCCCCAAAUGUGAGUGCACGUAACAGCAGUGCCUAGCACGGCAUUGCCCAGCGUGAGUUGCUGUCCUCUUAAGAAUGUAGAGGCAGUGGAAGAGAGUGAAAAAUGUUGGUGACAGCAAGGCCUUGGCCCCUCCUGCAGAGAAAGAUGCCGCUGCCACGUGUUUGUUCUUCUUGAACCUCCAGGUUUUUCUACCACGGUGCCCCAUGGAGGACAUGCCCCUCUCAUUCAGUUGCUCUGACUGCCAGCGUCACUUUCCUAGCCUCCCAGAACUUUCACGACAUCGAGAACUGCUCCAUCCAUCUGCUAACUGGGACAGUGAAGAAGCUGUCGGUGUCCCUCACCCCUCUCCAAGCCAGCAGUGUGGGCGUGGCUACGGUCACCCAGGGAGCUCUGUCAACCACCAGCGGAACCACGAGACUGGUCUUUUCCCCUGUACUACCUGUGGCAAGGAUUUCACUAAUUCCUUGGCCCUCCAAAGCCACAUGAGGACUCAUGCUCCUGAGGGCCACCAAAGGCACAGGCCCUCACAUGCCAAGGAUACUACUUCACAUCGUCAGAGUGAGACAAUGUCUACUGAAUCCUGGGGACAGAGGCUUGGUUCUAGGGAAGGCUGGGAAAAUCAGACAAGGCAUGUACAAGAGACACGUGAAUGUGAAUCUGGAUCUGAUCCCAGAGCAGCUCCAGGUAAUUGGGAAGAUCCACCUACCAAACAAAGAGAAGUCUUAGAAAUCCAGCCAGAUCCUAAAGAAAGUGCAGAGGACUGGGUACCCCCCACCAAUUCUGAUGGGGCUCCACCACUCGCCACUCCAGCUAGCAACCUCCUCAGCAAUUUGGAACAGUAUUUAGCUGAAUCAGUAGUGAACUUCACAGGGGGCCAGGAGUCCACUGAGCCUCUUCCUGCUGAGGAGCAGCGAAGGUACAAGUGUAAUCAAUGUGGGAAGACCUACAAGCACGCUGGAAGCCUCACCAACCACCGCCAGAGCCACACUCUGGGCAUCUACCCCUGCGCCAUCUGUUUUAAGGAGUUUUCUAACCUCAUGGCUCUGAAAAACCACUCACGACUCCACGCUCAGUAUCGGCCUUACCACUGUCCCCACUGUCCCCGUGCCUUCCGGCUCCCUCGGGAUCUGCUCGAACAUCAGCAAUCCCAUGAAGAGGAAAAGCAGGAACAGCCAUGGGAAGAGAGCGAAAGACCCACCACGAAUGGACAUACAAAUGGGAGGAGCUGGGAUCAGCUGCCUAAAACACAGAUGCUGAACGGUUCUGGGGAACUCGGCACUUCUGGACAGCUAGAGGAUGGUAGCUCAGAGGAGUAUCGACCUUUCUGUUGUGGGGACUGUGGCCGUACUUACCGUCAUGCGGGUAGUCUCAUCAACCAUCGAAAGAGCCACCAGACAGGUAUCUACCCCUGUUCGGUUUGUUCCAAGCAGCUAUUCAAUGCAGCUGCUCUGAAAAACCACGUUCGUGCUCACCAUAGGCCCCGGCAAGGAGCUGGGGAAGAUGGCCAGUCAUCAGUGUCCUCAACUGCCCUUAUGCUGGCUGAGACUACCCAAAGAGAGGAAGAGGUCCCUGACACCAACCUGGACCAUCGUCCCUAUAAGUGCAACGAAUGUGGUAGGGCUUACCGCCACAGGGGGAGCCUGGUGAACCACCGCCACAGCCAUCGGACAGGAGAAUACCAGUGCUCACUCUGUCCUCGAAAAUACCCCAACCUUAUGGCUCUGCGCAACCAUGUGCGUGUACAUUGCAAAGCUACACGCCGCAAUACAGACCCAGGGACUGAGGGGUCACCUAGCCCUGUCAAGAAGGAACAACCUGACUCAGUGGGAACAGAAGCAGCGCUCCACACAGAUCAGGGGCAUGUAUACAAACGUGAAGAAGAGGCCACAGGUAUCCCCGCAACGGCAGACAGGACGGGGCCCCAGACAUGUAACAUUUGUGGUAUGUUCUUUGAAGAUCUCAAGAGUCUUGAACGUCAUGGCAUGACGCACAGGACAGGGGAAGGAGAAAAGAGCAGGACAGACGGCACAGUGUCCCCACCGAGAGCAUUUGCUUGUCGAGACUGUGGGAAGAGCUAUCGCCAUUCAGGCAGCCUGAUCAACCACAGGCAGACCCACCAGACAGGAGACUUCAGCUGUGGGGCCUGUGCCAAGCAUUUCCAUACGAUGGCUGCCAUGAAGAGCCACUUACGACGCCAUAGUCGGCAGUGGAACAGGAGGCAUCAGAAACAGGAUGGUGCUGGUGGGGAAGAGUCUAAACUGCCGCCUGCAGGUACCUGGCCCAAGAAGUUGGAAAAUGACGAGGAUCUGGAGUCUUCACAAGACCCUUUGGGAGGAAGUCCUUGUGGGACUGAAGACCACCUGGAAAGGGAUGAGGACUCCUUGCAGGCGGGGUCUAAAGGCGGCGAGUACGGGCUUGGAAGGGAUGAGGCCUGUUUCCUGGGUGAUAAAGAGGACGCUAGCACUGAGGAAGGACUAGAGAAGAAAGAGGCCUGUUUCAUUGACCACUUGGACGUCCCAGGUGAUGAGGAGAGCAGGGAGGCUGGCUUCUGUGAUCGCCUCCCUGGAGUGGACAGUGACCAGAAGCCGGGCAUUUGCCUGUCCGACUCCCCCCACUCUGCUGAGACUGUCUGGAAGGCCGAAGCCACUCACACGUGUUCUGACUGUGGGGACUCAUUCCCCCAUGCUGCCGGCCUGCUGAGCCAUAGGUCCUGGCACCCUCCAGGCAUCUAUCAAUGCUCUCUCUGUCCAAAGGAGUUUGACUCUCUGCCUGCCCUGCGCACUCACUUCCAGAACCACAGGCCAGGGGAGGUGGCCUCCGCACAGCCCUUCCUUUGCUCUCUGUGCGGCAUGAUCUUUCCUGGGAGGACCGGUUACAGGCGUCACCUGCGCCAGGCUCAUGGUGCUUCUGGCAUACCUGAGGGCUCAGAAGAAGAGGAGGAGGAAGGCCCAGCAGAAGCAGCCUCUACCCACACUCCUCCCCUCCAGCUCUCAGAAGCAGAGCUGCUGAAUCAGCUACAGCGGGAAGUGGAGGCUCUAGAUGGAGCAGGUUAUGGGCACAUUUGUGGCUGCUGUGGUCAGACCUAUGAUGACCUGGGGAGCCUGGAGCGUCACCACCAGAGUCAAAGUUCCAGAAAUACAACUGAGAAUGUUCCGAGCCACUUGGAAGGACCAGGUGAUGUGAUAGAGAUGGUUACAGAUCAUGUCUUUGAGGGCACUGUGACCUCUGUCUCAGAAGAGACGGGGGACACAAAGUCUGAGGAGGGAGCCAGUAGCACAGCUGCAGACAGCCUUUGCAUGCAGGCUGGUGAAAGCUUUCUGGAGUCCCACCCCCGCCCUUUCCGAUGUAACCAGUGUGGCAAGACCUAUCGCCAUGGAGGCAGCUUGGUGAACCACCGAAAGAUCCACCAGACAGGUGACUUCAUCUGCCCUGUCUGUUCCCGCUGCUACCCCAACCUGGCUGCCUACCGGAAUCACCUGCGUAACCACCCUCGCUGCAAAGGUUCAGAGCCCCAAGUGGGGUCUGUCUCGGAGGCAGGAGUCAGCAACGAACCCCAGAAUGGGGCAGAGACAGGGCAGGAGCAGGCAGUCUUAGGGCAGCUCCAGGAAGAACUUAAAGUGGAGCCCUUGGAGGAGCUGGCGAGGGUGAAGGAAGAAGUGUGGGAGGAGACCACUGUGAAGGAGGAGGAACUGGAGCAGAGGUUGGAGACGGCAGAGAAAGGCUGUCAGACCGAAGUUAGCUCUGAGCGGCCCUUUAGCUGUGAAGUAUGUGGCCGUACCUACAAGCAUGCCGGCAGCCUCAUCAAUCACCGGCAGAGCCACCAGACUGGCCACUUUGGCUGCCAGGCCUGCUCCAAGGGCUUUUCAAACCUCAUGUCCCUUAAGAACCACCGGCGCAUCCAUGCAGACCCUCGACGUUUCCGCUGCAGUGAAUGUGGGAAAGCUUUUCGCCUGCGGAAGCAGCUGGCCAACCACCAGCGGGUCCAUACUGAGCGGCGGAGGGGUAGAGGCGCUCAGAAGCUGAUUCGUGAGGAUCGGCCUUUCAGGUGUGGGCAAUGUGGCCGGAACUACCGCCAUGCUAGCAGCCUCCUGAACCAUCAGUGCAUCCAUGAGACAGGCCAGUACAGCUGCCCCUUCUGUUUUAAGACCUAUUCCAACCGCACAGCCCUGAAAGACCAUCAGAGGCUGCAUUCUGAUAGCCGCCGGCGACGGGCACCCCGGAGGGCAGCAGCUGUGCGUUGUACCCUUUGUGGCUGUGGCUUUCCUGGCCAGGGAUCUCUGAAGCGGCAUCUGCAGGAGCACGAGGAAACCAAACGAGAGCUGGCCAGUGGCCAGGGAGGCCCUCGUGGUACCGAAGGCAGUAAGGAGAACCUCGCUGAUGACUGGGGACUGGAGGGCAGAUCAGAAGGUGUUCAGUCAGUACUGCAGCUGGAGCGUGGAACCAAGAGACCUGGGGAGCACAGUCAGAGUCCCAGCAGGCCAACACGUUCGGAGGUCCCAGAAUCCUUUUCUUGGGAAGUGGGGAAGGUAGAUGGGUAUCAAGGAGACAGGGGACAAAUGAAUCACAAUGGUGCCUGGGUUCUUCAGGAUCAGUUAACCAAGCCAGAAGGCAAGUUGGAAGACACAGUCUCCAGGAAUCUUCGUCAGCUCCCUGAGAACCAGUCCAAUGGUGCUACUGCAAGGUAUAUGGAGAGCUGGGAUGGUGGAGACAGCAGCUCUCCUCUCCAGCCAGAGAGCCGCCCCUACUGCUGUAGCCAGUGUGGAAAGACCUACUCCCAACCCGAUGGCCUCUUGAACCCCAAGAAAGACUGUCACAGUUGUUUGCUCUGUCCCAAAGAGUUACUGAAUCCUGUGACCACUAAGCUCCACAACCACAUUGGUGCCCAGACCUUUGCUUGUAGUAACUGUAGCAAAGUGUUUGACACCCACAGUGAGCUGGCCACACACAUGCAGACUCAUGCUGUGGACCAUAGGCAGGAGUCAAGUCAGACAGAGGACACCAGAGAGCCGCAAGCCGGGAUGGUAGAGGUGGAUGCCCCUGGUUCAGGGAAAGCUCAGGAGGCCCCAUCCGAAUCUCCCAGAGACUCAGAAGAGAAUGGGGAGCCAGCUAAUGGAGGACAAGGGACAAAUUUCACAGCAGCUGAAGACAAGGAACGUCCCUUUUGCUGUGCCCAGUGUGGGCGUUCCUACCGCCAUGCUGGCAGCCUGCUGAACCACCAGAAGGCCCAUACCACUGGACUCUACCCCUGCUCCCUGUGUCCCAAACUUUUGCCCAACCUACUGUCUCUCAAGAACCACAGCAGGACCCACACAGACCCCAAGCGCUACAGCUGCAACAUCUGUGGCAAGGCUUUCCGAACAGCUGCCCGGCUACAGGGCCACGCACGGGUUCAUGCCCCCCAGGAGGGACCAUUCAGCUGCUCUCAUUGUCCCCGCCAUUUUCGCCACCGAAUCAGCUUCUUGCAGCACCAGCAGCAGCAGCACCAGGAGAAGUGGGCAGUGUCUAGCUCAGGAGCUUCAAUGGCACCAGCAACAAGCAGAGGGGACUCCUCUCCAGCCUCACUCGACACCUCGCCCCAGUGGCCUGCAGACCUCAACUUCUCCCUCUGAACUACAAGUCUCCAAAGAACAGUUCACUGAAGCUGGGGAUGCAGGCAGGGAGAGGCUUCAUCUCCACAUUUUGCUCAGGAGUUGCUUGGGCAUCCCCACUUCCUCUUCCCAUGAAGAGGACCCUGAUCUGGUUUCUUUUGCAAGCAGGGCAUAAGGUAGUCUUCAUGUCUGUGUCCAUGAAGAGUCUCCUUCCUAAGCCUUUGCCACCGUGUUCUUCCAGGGCCAGGCUCUGCCAGAGUGCUGGGAUAGCCGGGUUCUAAACCCAGGGAGAGGAUAUUCAGAGCGUGUACCACAGGUGGGAAAGGGGUCUGUGGAAGGGGAGCCUUUUACUAUAGUUUGUAACUUAUUUUCUAAAAUCUAUUUUGUAACAAUUUAUUUAAGUUUUAAAAAAGGAAAAUUGCUCCCCACCCCACCCCCUA